CUCUCUUUUUCCUUUCAUCAGAAAAAUGAGUGGUGGGUUGGCACCAAGCAAAAGCACAGUGUAUGUGUCCAAUUUACCUUUUGCUUUGACAAACAACGAUCUGUACAGGAUAUUUUCAAAGUAUGGGAAAGUUGUCAAAGUUACUAUUAUGAAAGACAAAGACACCAGGAAGAGCAAAGGAGUUGCCUUUAUUUUGUUUUUGGAUAAAGAAUCUGCACAAAACUGUUCUCGGGCACUUAAUAACAAACAGUUAUUUGGAAGAGUAAUAAAAGCAAGUAUUGCCAUUGAUAAUGGAAGAGCAGCAGAAUUCAUUCGCAGGCGUAAUUACUUUGAUAAGUCUAAGUGUUACGAAUGUGGGGAAGCAGGACACUUAAGUUAUGCUUGUCCUAAAAAUAUGUUAGGAGAGCGGGAGCCGCCAAAGAAAAAAGAAAAGAAGAAGAGAAAGAAAGUAGUUGAGCCAGAAGAAAUUGAAGAGGAAGAAGAAAGCGAAGAGGAAGGAGAAGACCCUGCUCUGGAUAGCCUCAGCCAAGCCAUAGCUUUUCAGCAAGCCAAAAUUGAGGAAGAACAACAAAGAUGGACACAGACUGCAGGGGAAUCUUCCAUUUCAGAUGAUUCAAAACGUCCACGGAUUAAGAAAAGUGCUUAUUUCAGUGAUGAGGAAGAACUGAGUGAUUGAAGUAAUACUGGUAUAUAUGCAUAUGUAAUGUAUAUAGUGUACAUUUUGUAAAGUGCUAUAAAGUUAUCUGUAAUACAGGUUUGCUUGGUGUUGAAGACACUGAAAAUCAUGUUGUAGUUUUACCCUGCCCCCCGAACCUCCCAUCUUUUGAUAUCUCUCUCCAAAACUUAAUCUUUCAAGGCAACAAAAUGAUGCGUUUCUAUACUUAAAUCCAGAAAAACAUCUGGAAGAGUGCUUUUUGCAGUUAGUAUGUAGACCCAACCCUUGGGAGUGAAAUUUUCCAUAAGAGAAUUUCCCAAGAUUUUUUUUUCUGAAGAGGAAUUCCUCUUAGGAUUAGCACCACUGAUGCUUUAUAUAUUGGUCUGUUUGUUGCCUGUUUGGAAGCAGUGCUUUAGUAGUAUGUGAAUCUUGCACUAGUUCCUUUGCAUAGGGUUGAAUUUCAGCCUUGAGCAUUGUACUAGUCUUUUAAGUCUUCAUGCAGUAAUAUAAUAAAUUACUGUCACAUCA